GGUACCCAUCUCCUAGCGUACGAAGAAGCUUCUUCCCAACUCGAAUCGCUCUUAACCCUAGCUUUCCGCCACGGCCCUUUUCUCCUCCUCCGCUUUCUCUUUCCUCCGCCACUCGCUCCCGACGUCGUCGCCUCCGCCCUCCUUGCUCGUAUUUUCAAUUUUGUUGCCUGGCAACGAAGUGCUCGUCCAUUAGUCAGACCUUCUUAGUUCUCAGAAAAGGGCUAGGUCGAGCUUGCCCACCAUUUAUCGUCUAGAAGUGUUUAGUUAAUCGAGGGAGAAUUGGAUUCUCAAAAUCCUUUCAUCAGAAAUGAACUACAGACACAUCAAGCUAUGAUAUGAUGGAUCCCGAAGGCAAGAAGUUUGGAAGAGGGCCCAGAGAACCUACGGGUGCUAUUGAUUUGAUAAACCACUACAAGCUAUCAGGACACUAUGAUUUCUUCUGCAAAAGACCUCUUCCUUUGUCAGUUGCAGACACACAUUAUCUCCACAAUGUUGGUGGAGACACAGAAAUCCGGAAGGGAGAAGGAAUGGAGUUAGGUCAACUCCUACAGAGUGCUCCAUACUCAAGAGAAACAACAGCUCAAAUGCAACAAUUUGACUUGGAGAUGCUAGGACAGGCAUUUCAGCUGAGAGAUACAACUCCCAUUGAUUUGCCUUCGUCAGAGAAAGGAAUACCUACCAUUCCAGGGAAAUCAAGAGGAGAUUCUAAGGACAAGGAGAGGAAGCACAAAAAACACAAGGACAAAGAUAGAGACAAGGAACACAAGAAGCACAAACAUCGCCAUAAAGAUCGGAGUAAAGAUAAAGAUCGAGAAAAGAAGAAAGAUAAAAGUGGACAUCAUGAUUCUUCUGGUGACCACUCAAAGAAGCAUCACGAGAAGAAGAGGAAACAUGAAGGCAAUGAUGAUUCUGUUGAUAACCACAAACUCAAGAAAAGUAAGCAUAAGAGUCCAAAGAUUGAAGAAGUUGGAGGGAUAAAAGUUGCUAGCUGAUAAAAGUUAAAAACACUUGUCUUUCUUCAUUAAAUUACUUAAUAUGCUGUUGGGGAAGAUUAGAUCGAAGCAUGUCUUGCUCCAAAAUUCUUUGAGGUACAUCUGCUUCUUGCUGUCAGCUAAUGCAAACAGGCUACUUUUUUAUCACAACUCUCAUUUUAGCCCAACUCUGAUAUAAUUAAUUUUGAUGCUGAUUUGGUUUCUAUGUCAUGAUUGUACUAUUUUUGUACAUUAUCAAAGACUCAUAAAUUGCCAGAAAUAGAUUAGGCUGAAAACUCUUUUGUUAUUAAGCUCUCAUAGUUCCUGAGUUGUAUGAAGAAGUCAGUACGUUGUGUUGCUGAAUUGGUGAUGUGAUUUUGGCUUCUGUGAAUAUGAAUAUUUCUGAUGCUGUUAGGAUAUUUUAAAUAUAUUCAAAGAUGUGGACAAUUGGGUAGCUGUUGGUGCUCAUUCAUAAUGUUCAUUUUUCUGAAAUAAAUUUAAAAAUGCUUUCUUUUGGUUAAUUACUAUUUUACACUAAUUGACAUUCUACUUGGGCCUAUAUUUUCAAUUGACAUUCUACAUAGGUCUUUAUUCAUAGCUGGACAACUUUGACUUAAUUGUUUUUAUCAUAAAUUCUAUCACUUUGCAUCUGUUCUCUCCCUCUACAAGCAUCCCUGAAUCGUUUUUUCUUCUUCUUUUUUAUUUUUGAGUUGAAAAAUGGGAUUGUUUGGUGUACUUUAUGUUGGUUCUACUCGUAUUCAGAUAAACCUAAGUCCAAUAAUUACCAUUAGAAAUCAUUUCAUUGAAGUGUUUGAGCAAAACUAUAUUCUAUAUAGCCAAACUAUUCUACUGAAGUACAAGAAUAAUUAAUGAUGAAUGAUCCUAAUCAAGGUUCAAAUUCCAGUCUGUUUUCAGUGUAGAUCCAUUGGAAGCCAUCCCACAGCAAGCACCCCAUGUUAAUUUGGAUUGGAUCCAACACCUUUGCCCCAAUUGGACAAUGCCUGAUUAACUUAUGAACUGAAACAAAUUGUUAUUUUUAAGCUGAAACUUGAAUAAAUUCUGAAAAUUGAAGUUGAAAUAAGCAUAAAAGAAAAAAAGAAUAACAGAUUCCUCACUUUGUUACAAAGACCAUUGUCUUAAAACGUAUUCAUAGCUCCUGUCAGUAGCAGAUUGAAUGGCAUGGAUCAUAUUAUGGUAAUGACCUCAGCCCUUGACUGAUCUCGUCAAUCAACAUGACAAACACUUUUCCUGUCUGGCACUGUUAUAAGCGUCAAGUAGCUUUAUGGUUUUGUUACCUAUCAAUCCUGCAGACCAUGAAUAGCUAGCUACUCAUCCAUAGAAAAAUACUUCUUUUGCUGAUUUUCUUAAUUCACUGCCAUUUGUUUGGGUUCCUGUUAAAUGACGCAGCUUAGUGCUGCAACUGUAUGCUAGUCUAAACCUAUUAAUCAAAAACUUUAAUUGUUUCCAUAACAGUGCCCUUACCUGAUGAUCGACUUCCACCAGCAUUAUUGCACAUUGCAAGAUGAAAUGCACUGGAAGCUUGGUCUCUCCAGGAAAGCAUCAUUGAAAAAGAUUGCUUUGGAGAACUAGCUAAUCAGUUCACCUUGCAUAUUUUGGAAAAUCCUAUAACAGAUUAUUCCAAGCUUGAUUGUAAUAGGAAAAUAGCUGCUUGAUAGGUUUCUUCGAUGUUCAUAGUUAACUUCUUCCAAAACAUAUUUACUGCAUGGUUUUGGCAUCAUAAUUCUUUCCGAGGAUCACUGAAUAUUCAUCUCAUUUUUAAAGGACUUUGCUAUUUAGUAAACUGCUUAUAGGGCUAAUCUGUGGAUCAUCAUUUUUAUUUUGUCACAGUGGCUUCUGAUUAAUCAAACAUCGUCAAUUUGCGUUCCUAAGUUGCAUGUAGGGGCUAACUCCGUGGAUCAUCAUUUAUAUUUGUUGGGCAUUGGUACUGUCUGCUCACUGAAUCAUCACAGUUUAGGCGGCUCAAUCUGGUCUAAUUCUUUAAUCCCCAUAUAGAGUAUAAUAGCAAGAUGUAGAAACACUAAACCAGGAUCCUCCAAAAUAACCCUAUAGCAGUAGGGAAUCAGUCGAAAUCAGCGUGAAUUUGCAUAGAUUAAUGGAAAAUAAGAUAUUGAUUAUUUGAUUUUAAUGGAAAUUUUUCAAUUUUUGUUGGUCUUUGGCCAAUUCUGGUUAGUCCCAACAAUGGAUCAUUCUCACUAAUAAAGGAAAGGAGAAUAUUUAGGAGUUCGAUCGAAGAUGAAUAGUUAUUAUGUAACAUUUUCCCCCUUUUAUUGUCAAGUUGGGUUCUUCCACAUAGAAGUUUCCAUGUAUCUCCGCUAAUUCUAGAAUCACCACAUAUCUUCCCUCUAUGAAAGGUUAAGACAUUUGAGUUAUACCAAAUUACAGUACAGAAAAAAAAAUGAAUCAAAAUUUUUUUUCUUUAAUGUCUCUUUUACAUAUUUAAAAUUGUGAAAUAAAAUUAAAAAGAUGUGUUGUAUUACCCUGAAAAUCCAUUAGGAAUAUGCCAUUAUUAGCAACGAUAACAUACACAUUAUUAAAAACCAAGUUAUUUGAAUUCAUGAAGGGUGUAUUUGUGGCGAUCAGCUUGGAGUGCGACACAUCAUUUUCUAAAGUUUUUACACCUUCAAUAGGAGUGCUAGUGUCUGACUUGAGUGUAGAUCUGGUUUACCCAAUAUGAGACUACUGUAUAUUAAAAAUGUGAAAAAUGACUGUAAUUAUAUGAAAAUGACGGUUUUUUAAAUUAUGUGUCCAAUUGUCUGCCAUGCCAUUUUCUAAAGUUUUUACCCAUCUUAAAUGGGAAUGUGUUACUUGAGCGUAGAUUAGGUUUCCUCAAUGAGUUCGCGGUACGGUGAUAGGUCAAGAAUACAAGAAAUACAUGUUAAGAGUAUGAAAAGUGUUCCCAAAAUGUUAAAAAAAAAAAUGGUUGAACAUGCAAGCUACUUGAUAAAGGUACUAAAUAAUAAUCAAGUAUGAAAACAGCAGAAACUAUAUAAAACUAAUUAGUGUUUAAACUUUAAAAUAUUUGAUACUAUUAGAACAUGUAGAUCAUACAGGUAAGACACAACUUAAUUUCUCAUGUAAUGCCUAAAGAAAAAUAACUUCUAGUCAGUUAUAAUUAUUACUUCUGUAAACAAUGCCAGGUAUGGACCUUUUGUUUCUUGUGAUCAACUUUAGUCUUUGGUGCAUAAUUUUCUCAUUUUAGUCUUAUGCCCCUUAUGUGUAUGAAAAAGAACAUGUGUUUGUACUUGCAUGCUUCGAUUCUGUUUUUCCAAAGGAGUAACAUUUGUGUUUUUUUAUAUUUUUUGCAUUUAUUUUCAUGUGGAGUACUGGAUCAUUUUCUUCUAAGAGUUACUCUGUGUUUCGUAGGUAGAAUGUUAGAAUCUUGUUAUUGUAUAUAUAUGAUUGCACUUUAGACAUAUAAUGCGGUUUGAACAAGAAAGGAUAGGAAACAUGCAAGUAAUUAAGUUCUGAAAGGUAUUGGAAAUAUGCAAGUAAUUGAGUUCAAUAAAGAUGAUGCAAGAUAUAACCAACUUAAGCUUUUGUUUACGACACACUGACAUUUCCGUCUACACUUGUUCUUUCUUUGUGCAUGUUUAUGUUCUUACCUUUCUCCAUUUUUUGUUAUUACUCCUUUAUAAUAUUUUGCAAUUAUCAACAAAUUUUUUAACAUUAACAAAAAUGCUAUCAAUUAAUUCCUAUCUUAGCUUGAAAAUGGUUGGACAUAUAUCAUUAUACAUCCAAUCCACGUCCAUAAAGCACAACCUUAGAAUUUAAUGUCGAAAUUCUUUUUACUGCAAUUUUGAGAAAACAAUAAUCCAUGCACACAAAUAAGUAUAGGUUUAGCAUUAUACAUUGUCUAUUCUUUUUCACUUCAAAUGCAAACUGACUUCUUUAUCAUUAUUUAGACCAAUUUUGUCUUCUCUACAGUUCAUAUUGGAGUAAGGUUAUUACCUAUCUCCAAUAUAGGUAAUAACUUUAUUGUAAGAUAUUUUAUCUAAUUGUAAUCUUGAAGAGAAUAUAUCUUGGUCGUUUGGUCGUACAAGUUAAAAAAAAAGUGUUUUUAAUAACUUUACUUUAUAUAUAUUUUUUUGAAUUCAUGUGUCUAUUAUGAACAGCGUGUCAAUUUAAUAGUACUAUAGAUGUAUCUAUGUAGGAAUUUGAAUACUGGUACUAACAUGUUUAACAUCUGUUGUCUGAUUUGAAUAAAUGUUAGUGCAUAAUUAUCAUAAAAGUACAGUGAUAGUCCGGUUUAUAUCAGCUAAACUAUCAGGAUGAAUUCCAGAAACAUUGCAGCAUUGUCUCAUCCUGUAUUAUUUGGUUCUGUAUUGAAAAAUUGUCUUCUAGUAUCCAUUUACAUUCUUCAGAAUCAGGCCCAUCCAAACUUUAGAUUUGGUAGUAGGUUGUAUAAAAUUCACUGUUUUAAUUUUCAUAUGAUGAAAAUUGUAAUAUUGAAUGCAAUAUUUAUUCAGUAAUUUCAAUUAUAAGUGAUGUAAUUACCAUAUGACGUGUUUCAGUUCUCCUUUCUUCUAUUUCAAACAUUUGGUGUUGGGAUAGGAAUUGGUCCGAAGGCUUUCAACUUGGAUCUUUACUACAGUUGUUUUUUAAUGUCACAAUUCCUGUGAAUUAUCAAGUUGUGCUUUAAGUUCCGUGAACUGUUAGAUGCAUCAAUUACCAUGAUUUCUGCUGCUACUGAGUAGGCAACUAUUGCGACACUAAUUAUUAUUCUUACACUUUUUUCAGAUCCCAAAUAGAUCA